UUGAAUCAAACUUUGACUAUCAGCACGACCGUAAAAUCCAAAAAGGACACAGAGCAAAGCAGAAACGAACCCUGCUUUUGUUUUGCUUUCUGUAAUUAAUAGGAUGUGAUAUGAUCCAAAUCGUUUUGUCUGAUAUCGAUGAUUAACAACUCUAAUUGUUGAUACAAAAAUUCUCCAUGGCGUCUGUAGUAUUAAUGGAGGAACAGCACGAAAAGCUGCGAAGAGUCGUGGACGAAUGGCGCAGUGAAACAUUAGACAAGCUGAGGCCUCUGCAUGACAAUCCUUUUGAAGCUUCCGCUACAGUUGAUGCGGCGAAUGCGAAGAGUGAUCCCAUACAUAUUUCCACCGAGGCAAAGGAUUCUUCCAGCUUAUUAACUCUUGUUGAAACUGACAAUAUUCCGCUCAAUAAAUUUAUAACAGUGCUUGCGUACGACUGUCUCGAGAUAUCUCGCCUCUCUCGCCAGGCCUCAAAAAAUAUCUAUACAAAGCUGCUCUUGUUUGGUCAUUCCUGUUCUCAAGAGGUGCUAUUAGAAGGAGAGCCUCAGAAGGAAUUUGCUCGUUCAUUACCAUUUUUCAUGGAGUUUUCUGAGGUUGUAUGUCGCAUGAGGGCAGUGCUAAACAAUCUGGUGAGACAAGUUGAUUCCAUCUACUCGAAAGAAACCAAAAACAACAAAUUAUGCACCUCUUUCAAUAGCAUCCAUAUUCCAAGCGUUUUUUCAUCCUUGGCUGAUGGUCUUACAGUUUUUCUUAUUGUGGAUGAGAUUAUGGCCAGAAAUGCCUGCAUAAAACAUUAUGCAUCACUGUUUAUGAGGAUGUUGGAUGCUGUGAGAAUAGAACCCAACAAAUUUUCUAUGUUGGCUGAGAAUGUGGAUUGCCUUGAGCAUAUGAUUAAUCAAUUGGAUGGAGUGUUACAUGUUGCCUUAUUUCAGCAAUUUUUACAGGAAGAUUUAAUAACGAAUGAAAGUAUGCAAGGUCUUAAGAGCAACAAACGUUUUUUAGAGGAAAACAAUUUUUGUUUGUGUGAGGGCUUGUCAGACAUUCUUUCCCGUCUAGAUACAUGGAAGGAACUACCUUCUGAUAGAAGGCGCAUGCUUGGUUAUCUGGGUCUAUAUAUAUUCCAUUCAUGGUUAACUGGUGAUCCUCCAGAAAAGAAACUAGGAAAGUUAAUUGUGGAGGUGCUGAGAAGGUUACCGGUGGUCCAUUUGGAUGGCAACAUCAGAUUCGUGCUUCUGGAUUUAUUGCUGGCACAUAUUCCUCGGCCUUUGAUAUCUUAUUCUCCCCUCAAAGAAUUUCUCAGAGAAGGUGCUGCUAUAAAAAAUAACCACCUCUUAUACUUGGAUGAAGUUCUUGCAAGGGAUUGUCAAAUAAUAAAAACUGCUAUAGCAAGUUGGACUGCAGCUUUUCACUCAUCCGUGUCUCCAAUGAUGCAGUUUUCCGAAGUUCAAGCAAAUCUUGAAAUUCGAACAAAACAAAUUAUCCAGGGUCUAAUGCUGGCAAAUAGACUGCAAAAUAUGUUAAGGUCAACAAUAGAUCUUCAUGUAUUAUUUGAGGUACCAAUUAAAAAGGAAAAGCUGAGGUCUCUUGGUCACAUAGCAGUGUUAAUAAAAGCGGUAGAGAAUGUUUUCUAUAGGAAGUACUUUGAGAUCUCUCAAAGUUUAUCUCAUAUGAUCAAUCUUGUCCAAUCUCAUAUAGAAAAUCUGCUUCAACCAGUCAAGACACAGUUGGAGCUUGAUCUCUCAAGAAAGACAAAGGCCAACAACAUGACAUUUUUAAGCUCAUUAACAAGAAGUGGCAAGGACACAGAUUCAAGGAUCCUUGACUCUGUUGCAUCGGUAGGCCUUGCAUUGAAGAUGCUACAAGGAGGUGGAAGUAAUAAGAGGCAAGUUGUCCUUCAUCUUGCAGUGGAUGUAGUAAAUGGCACCUGUUUGCAUCUGGAAUCUGAUUAUUCUAAAGUGAGAAAACUUAUGUCUAAGCUAGCGCUAAUAGCUGACUAUGAUACCAUAGUGGGAGCAGUGACAAACUGUAACUUCCUUUAUUGGAGAAAAGAAAUGAUGUCUACAUGGUUUUCUAUGGUGUAUCCUCAGGAACAAAAAGCUCCAUGGCUGCAAUAUUUAGUCAGUGCAUUCUGUGAUGGACUGAGGAUGCUUAAAGAUGUUAAUGUUGAUGAUAUAUCUGUUGAUACAUAUGAAACUGAGAUAGAGAGGUCUCUAACCAAUGAAAUUAUAGAGCCUCUCUGCAGAGAUAUUGAAACUGAUCUCCGUCUCCAUGUACACUCAGCAAAUAUGAAAGGAUCUGUGAAUGUGAAUCCUACAAAGACAGGUGUUCGUGAUUUAUCCUGGUACUUACAGUUAAAACCAUUGAGAACUUUGUCCAAGUAUAUCCAUAUAAAAACUCGCAUUGAGAGCUAUCUAAAUGCUGCCUUCUACAAUCAUGCAGCCAUGGCUCCUCAUAACUGGAAGACAUAUUCUGAAAUGAGGCACCUUGCAGAACAGAAAUAUGGGCUGCAGUUAGAUGAUAUUCACCUACCUGGACAAACUUUGGAGCAGGGUAUUGACCUUCUUGACGUAAUGCAUAAUAUUCAUGUAUUUGUAGCUUCAUACACUUACAAUAUGAACACACAGGUGUUCAUAGAGAAAGUUUCGAAUGCUCUGAACCGGAAAAACCUGAAUACCAUUAGUGUUAAACAUGUUGCCAACUCUAUUUGUACACAUGGGACAGGAAUUAUAAGCACAACUGUCAAUUUUGCAUACCAGUUCCUUGCUAGAAAGUUUGUUGGUUUCUCACAGUUUCUGUUGGAUGACCGUGUCAAAUCUCUUUUGAUUAAGGAAUAUCAGUUCUGGAAGGAAAAUAAAGGGAAGACAAAUGAAUAUCCUUAUGAUCGAGCAGAAAAAAUGAAUAAAGAAAUUAGAAAAAUGGGUUUGGGAGAUGAUUGCUUAAGCUUUCUUGAUCAAUUUCGACAUCUUAUUUCUGAAAUGGGCAAUGCCCUUGGCUUUGUUCGGAUGGUGCGGACUGGAGGCUUGCGUUACUCUAGCACAGCUUGUGGGUUUGUGUACAAUCUGAAAAGGAGAGUAAGCCUUGAAGAGGCUACAAGAGAAUUGAAUUUCCGAGAUACCGUGGUUGAGGCUGGAAAGAUUAUGGACAAAACAUUAGAUACUAUGUGUGUAUCUUUAGAAAAUACAAAUUAUUUCAAGAUCCUUACAAAUAUUUUUGCACAGGAAUUACAAAGCAGUGAAAAUGGUCAUCUAAGGGAAUUUUUUCUAUUGGUGCCUGUAUUAACUAUGAAUGCAACAGAAGCUAUGCUUCAAGGAAGAGAUAAAAUGUUCAAAAGGGGCCGUGAUGCAGCAAAUGAGCAAUUUACUGAUGAUGGGUUUGUGCUUGGUCUUGCAUAUAUUUUGAAGGUGCUUGGUCAAGAAUUCGAAUUUGAUUCACUCCAUUGGUUUAGCUCAGCAACACAAUACUUCAAAAACCAGAUAUCCCAGUUGGAAGGUGGCAUAGAUGCAAGUCAGUUGCGGGGUGGUUUGAGUGGAUUGCAAAGAUGGAACCAAGUACCUCCACCAAUUUCAAACGAAUCCCAAAAUGCAAAACUUAUCAUAAAGCAACUCCAAGAGUCUCUAACGGAGUCAGAAAUCAUUCAAUUUGGUUUUAGCUGUGCAGGGACCUUCUUUCAUUAAGUCAAUUUUGUGAAUCUCGACUAUUUUUUUAAUAAAUUCAUGUCCUUUAAGUUUUUUGUUGUUCUUUGUAUCAUUUUUAAUAGCCAUAUUUAAGCCUCUUAGUCUUGAGGGUCGAAUACUUUUCUCUCUUUGUAAGACUGUGUAUAGUAAUCAUAUUUAUGCCUCUUGAGGGUUAAAUAUAUAACGAAUAUGUAGCAUAUGAUCUAUCU